CCUUAGAUUCAGUUGCAUGGCUGAACAGGCAAGUGGAAAGUGAAAAUGAAACCCGGAAAACCCAAAUGAUGAAAGGAAAGCUGUCCUGCAGGAUAAAUAGAAGAUGCAGGAGAAUCAGCACAUAGUCAAAGAUGUAUCGCAAGUGGACAAGUUACGUGAGCCCCAGCAGAAACCGCCUGAGAACCACCAUGAAAAUCGAAACGCGUGUGCAUGCGGGGCUCGUUUGCCUGGUGCUCCUGUCUUCUGUUCAAGUCUCAGCGCUGGACUGCAACUUUCUGAAACACCGGCAAAAAGUAUUUAAUCUGCAGAGCCUGGAGCUGUGGCGAGAGAUGAGCACAACGUUCUCUCCAGAGUGCCUGAAGAAACCGACCACGUUCAACUUUCCUACAAAGAUCCUGGAAAUACGCGAGUCGCAACCUGCCACGGAAGCAAUCUAUGAAAUUCUCCGUGGGUUCUUUCACAUCUUGAGCAAUGAUUCACUGAAGACUGUCUGGAAGGCCACACACAGAGAGAGGUCUCUCCAGAUGCUGCAUGCGCACACCAAAGUCCUCAAGAGUUGCCUCGAGGGGAAAAAAUCUACACCCGGGAAGUUAGAGGAACGGAGAAACAAGCUGGAGCUGAAGAAAUAUUUUCGAAGGAUCAGAACUUUUCUCAGAGUGAACGGAGGCAGCACCUGCUGCUGGGAGUGCCUGCAACACGAGGUCCAAGCAGGACUCAUGCACGUUGACAUACUGACAAAGAGAAUGAGGAGGUAGCAAACCUCUGCAACCGUCACUCGAGGAACCGUCGGAGCGGAGAAAUGGCAAACUGACAGCGAAUAUUUGUGAAACAUUCGCAGAGACAAAUUAAGGAAGCUACAAGCCACCUCACUGAAAUUGCCAAAGAAACGGGAAGAGCUAAAGGGGCUUUAUUAUAUUGAAUGUACAGACUUUGUAUAGGUGUUUUAUUUUUUUAUGAAGCUUGAUAUGUGUUAUUUAUUUAUUUAUUUAU